CACUAUGAAGAGAAGAAGAUUUUUACUCGUCUUGUUCGGAGUUUUCGUAGGCACAAUCAUCAUCGACAAGUCAACGACGCCUGAAAAAGACUUCUCUAAGUCGUUUACUGUUGAGGAAAUCACUAGCGAGAAACCUACUUUUGCAUCAAAAGAAGUCCUAGCAGAUAAAAGGGAGUUUCUUUACGCAUACGAUGAUGUGUCUGAAGCCAGGCCACUGGACGAGGACAUGAUCAGUAGUCUGACCCUUGACCCGGCCAUCUACAGCGGGUCAAAUCAUGACGAGGCCAUGGCCAGUCUCAUGAGCCAACGGAAGGCAUACUUGCGGAGCCAGUGCAAUGCGACCAAUGCUAAGAAGGUCAAAGCAGCUUACAAAUGGAAGACGAGAGUUACACUGAUGGCAAAUGGAUUUUUCCGUGUCUGUGCAACCCCUAAGGGAGGUUCUACGUCGUGGCGGCGUCUAACACUGCGGAUGCCGAAAGGUGUGGUUGGCCGUUCCCCGCCUUUACAGAUCUUGAAUGUCAGGCAUCCCUUGACCCGCCUCGCCUCCGCGUACAGAGACAAAUUUCUGGGAGGAAUGCCCCUCUACAAGUACGACGAGGAAUGGCGCCAGAAAACCAAGUCCCGGAUGCCUUGGUACAACGAGUGGGAGACCUUCUGGUUCCCAGCGCUAGCGGCUCGAGGCUCGCUUCCCUUCCGACCCAAUCUGCGGCUGAGGGCCAGGAACGCGACUUACUGGGCCAACGUGGAUCACGGGAGAGAGAUCUACAAGGUCAUGAAGAACUCCCAUGGCAAAGCCGGCUUCAGUUUGAGGAGCGAUUUCCGCAACGCUUCGUUCAGCUUCGAGGAUUUCCUUCGCUACGUGAUCUGGACGCAUGAUGUCGGUUUCAUGAACAAACACUGGGCGCCUCUCGUGUUCCUGUGCAACCCGUGCAAGUACAAAUACGAUUUCAUUGUCCACCUGGAGUCCAUCAUUCCCGAGUUCAACUACGUCAUGAAGUUCCUGAAUCACACGGAGGGCGUAGAGCUCAAGGAAGAACACAAGACGAAGACAACGAACCGGUCGGAUAUUUACCUCUAUAAGGAUAUCCCGAAAGACGUAAUGAAAAGAAUAUUGGAGAUUUAUAAGUUUGACUUUGAAUUAUUUGGAUACAGAUAUCCCUCUCUCUGAUGCAGUUUUGUGGUAUAUAAAUUCCGAAUUUGAUAUACAUAUUGAUCUUUAACGGAUAUUCGUCGGGUGAAUUAGAAGGUAGCUAGAUAAAAAUCCAGAAGACAGACGAAAAAAAUGUAGAUAACAUACGUACACACGCAAAUAAGUGACAGGUAUAUAAACUGUGUAAGCGAGAGAGAGCGGAUAAAAAUAAACUGACACUGAUUGGAUCGAAGGACAAAGCUAGAUACCUCUGGCCAUCCAAAUCACUGUAAUUAAACACACAUGAGCGAAUCCCUACCAAGGUUCAGAUGCUGCAAUUAAUUCGCUUCGUUUCACUGGUUAUGCAUUUUUCAUGUGCGGACGAAUAUGGAGCGCAUGAUGCAUGUGAUUCAACUAUUUUGAUAUACCUUUAUGAUAAAAAUGUCAAAAUAACGUUAGUAAUAUGAGUGAUAAUGACGCGAUGCUGAUAAGGUGAAAAACAGCAUUGGAGACACACGUGAUGAUAUCAACUAAUCAUCACUAAUUAAAGUUGGUAAGUGUUGUCUGGAUACAUUUGCUUUUUAGUUUCUUAAAGCAAAAUAUAAUUUAGAGUCUCUGACUUUUCCGAGGUAAUCAGAGGAUAGUGAAUCUUCUUCCCAAAAGAUUAACGGAAUUCAUACGAAACACAUAUCAAAUUUGCGCACGUAUCUGAUUAACUAUUACUCAAACACCUGUCGAGAGAGAGAGAGAGAGAGAGAGAGAGAGAGAGAGAGAGAGA